CUCUCACUGUCCCCCAGCCAGCAGCAUGUCCCUCCGUCUCCCUUUCACAUCCCGCGCCGCCAGAGCAAUCAAGCCCACUGCAUUCGCCCCCGCUAUCCGCUCAGCCCUUCCCCGCCUCCCACCCACCAAGCCCGCUCAAUACAGAAUGACCUCCGUCCUCUCCUCCGCCGCCAACACCGCCCACUCCGCCUUUGCCUCCCUCGCCUCCGUCGCGCAGACCAAACCCGGCGACACCGUCCCCAACGUCGACAUCAAGAUCGACAGUCCCGAGGGGAAACUCAACCUGUCCUCGCUCACCGGCAAGAACGUCGUCGUCACCGUGCCCGGCGCCUUCUCCGGCGUCUGCACCAACCAGAUCCCCUCCUACAUCGCCCAAUACGACGCUUUCAGAGCCAAGGGCGUCAAGGACAUUUACGUCGUCGCCGUGAACGACAUUUUCGUCGUCAAUGCCUGGAAGGACAAGCUCGAGGAAGGUAAAGCGAGUGGGAUCAAGUAUGCCGCAGACGACUCUGCCAAACUCGCAGCGUCCCUCGGCCUAGUUCUCGACGCCGUUCCAGUCUUUGGCGGACCCCGUCUCAAGCGCGGGGCGCUCAUCAUCGAGGACGGUAAGGUCCAGCACGUCGCCGUCGAAGACAGUCCUGGUGAUAUUACUGUUUCUCACGCCGACUCUGUGCUCAAGGCGCUUUGAACCGACGUAUCAUCGGGAAAGUAUUGUGAAGAAGGGUGACAGAAGUAGCAAAUUAUGAAAAGUAGCGACAUGAAAAAUGUAUCUAUAUCUCCAAGUCG